AUGGUGGACGUCAACAACGGCCAGCCGGAGGCACCAAAGACGAACGGGUCGACCGGUACGGUCACUCACAACGGCACGAAUGGCACGAAUGGCACCAAGAAGUCUAAGGAAUGGAUCCUCAACGCCUUUGCCAUGAACACUCCAUGCCAUCUGUCACCGGGACUCUGGCGACACCCUCGCAACAAAACCACUCAAUAUAAGAAGCUGAGUUUCUGGACAGACUUGGCCAAACUUCUCGACGAAGCCGGAUUUCAUGCUCUUUUUCUCGCGGACGUCCUGGGAUGUUACGACGUCUACAAAGGGCCAGCCAAUCAUGGACCAGCGAUUGGGGUCGGCGCUCAAUUUCCAGUCAAUGAUCCCUUGUAUCUGGUGCCGGCUAUGACUGCCGUCACAAAGAAUCUGGUGUUUGGCGUCACCGCAAGCACGACGUAUGAGCAACCAUAUUCUCUGGCCCGGCGAUUUUCGACCGUCGAUCACCUGAGCGAUGGCCGCGUAGCCUGGAACAUUGUGACGUCCUACCUGGACAGUGCUGCCCGCAACUUCGGUCUGACGGACCAGGUCGAGCAUGAUAAGCGAUACGCCCUCGCCGAGGAAUAUAUGGAGGUCCUGUACAAGCUAUGGGAGAGUAGCUGGCGAGAUGAUGCCGUGGUGGAAGAUAGAGACACCGGCAUCUGGGCCGUGGCGGAUCGCGUCAGGCAGAUUAAUCACAAAGGCGAGUUUUUCAACGUGCCGGGACCACAUAUUUGUGAGCCAUCACCACAGCGAACUCCAUUCCUCUUCCAGGCUGGGACUUCGAAGACAGGCCGUGCCUUUGGUGCGAAACAUGCAGAGGUGAUCUUUGCUGGCGCUCAGUUGCCGGAGAAGCUUCGUCCCUCAGUGGACGCCAUUCGGCAGCUGGCUAGGGAUGAAGGUCGUGAUCCUUAUCAUGUGAAAGUCAUCGCCAGCAUGUGCAUCAUCGUGGCUGAAACCGAUGAGGCUGCGCAAGCCAAGCACGCCGAGUUACUUUCAUAUGGAAACACCGAAGGUGCUUUGGCGCUCUUCGGGGGCUGGACCGGUGUUGAUAUGUCGACCUACGCUGAUGACGAAGAUUUCAGAUUCGCAAAGAUGCCUAUGAUACAAUCAAUCAUAAAUGGAUGGACAGAAACCGUCCCUGGCAGCAAGGAUUUGAAGUGGAACAAGGCAACAAUUGCUGAAUAUCUGAUACUGGGCGGAUUCUCUGCCAAGGCGGUUGGCAGUCCAAAGACUGUGGUCGACAAGCUCGAACAGUGGGUUGAGGUUGCUGACAUCGAUGGUUUCAACCUAUCGCACGUCACGAAUCCGGGCAGUUUUGAGGACAUUAUUGAGUUUGUGUUCCCCGAACUGAAGCGUCGGGGUCAUUUCAGGUCACCGCCAAAGAAAGAGGGUGAAACGGCUCGAGAGCAAUUCUUUGGUACGCCAUGGCUGCUCGACGACCAUCCAGGACACAAGUACAGAUGGCGAGCACCUCCUCCAGAAUAG